GCCCGCAGUUACGCCCUCUGCCCACAGGGGGGCGGUGUUUCUCCGUCAAAGCUGCUGACUCUGCACUGAAAGAAAUUCCCUCAAACCCGGAAGCGUUCCUCCAUCGGCCGAGCUGCUUCUUCUCAUUCAGGCUGCUGCGGUCCAAAUCGGGGAUUAAUUCGGAGAUCCGCUCGUAUCGGGGUCGUGAAAGCUUCACCUGCAGACAGAUUGAAGGAGAGCAGACAUGGCUGGUCGGUUACCGGCUUGUGUUGUGGACUGUGGUACAGGGUGAGGAUUUAUGAGCUGUUAGCUUUAUUAGCUUUUCAUUGAACGGCUGUCAAACUUCAGCUAACGCCCCGUUUAUGUGAGAGAGAGGAGCUCAUUCACCUCUGUGUUAAUGUAAUACCACUAUCAAAUCUUUAAUUAAUGUGAUAAAUUAACUUUAAAACACAACAUUUCCUUAGUUUAGUUGAUUUCUGCUUCAUCAUUGCUGUUAGCAUCUGCAGCUAAAAUCACUUCCUGGGCGAGCCUCACUUCAAAAACACCUUUAUCACUUUAUUCCUGCUCUUAUCAAAGUGCAAAGAUUUUCAUCAGUUUUAAUCUGAUUUUUCUGCUUUUUUAGGUACACAAAGCUUGGAUAUGCAGGGAAUACAGAGCCACAGUUCAUCAUCCCGUCAUGUAAGUGCAGAAAAAACGAGUUAUUAUCGUUUAUUUAAGGGUUUGUAGAGUCAAGAUUUGUUUAUUUAUCAUGUGCAUGUUAGACAAGGUCAAGAGUGAGAUGAAAUGACCUGGAUAAGAAGACCUCUCGACUCAAAGGGGGUACAGACAAAACAUACAAUAGUACUGAGGGAAUACAGUAAAAUAAGGACACAAUAUAUGUAUAUGUAUAUUUACAAAGUUGGUGAAUGUGGUUGUAUGAGAUGGAGGAUAAGUCAGUGGGAUAAAUGAGGUAUGAAAAUUGAAAAGGGGUGGAAAUUUUCUGGUAAAUUUGUGGUUAAUUUCCAGAGAUUUUCCAGUAGAAGUUAAGCUUGGGAAUUUUGGAAAUAUUCCGAAUUGGAAACUUUCAAUGGGAAUUAUGGGAAUUUAUGGGAAUUAACUGGAAAUUGGGGGUAAUUUAAACAAACUGUAGUGUACUGCAACAAUAGAGGAGGCGUCUAGAGUGCUUUAGGCUUAGCUUUUUGGAGCGAUACACUUUCAAGACUGCAAUAAAGCUAUUGAAGGCGUAAAAAUGGGUAAAAAAAUAAAAAUAGAAUUAACUUUCGGCUUGACUUUCUAACAUGGCAACUAUGAAGGAGGAUUAAAGAGUGCUAUAAAAAUAUCAUAGUACAGUAUGAUACAAAAAAGUCAUAGUAUAAAAUUAUAGAAUGUCAUAGUAUACUAUGAUAAAAAAAUACGUCUUAGUAUAGUAUGAUAAAAAAAUGUCAUUAUCGUUUAGUAUGAUAAAGAAGUCAUAUAAUAGUAUAAUAUAAAAAUAUCAUUGUGUAGUAUGAUAAAAAAAUGUCAUAGUUUGUGUCAUUUAUUGUAUGUGUGAGUGAUGCUUUCAGGAUGAUUCAAGAUAUAUUAUUGUAAAAAUAAAAUCACAGUAAAAACAUUUUAGUGCUGCUGAUGUAGGCCUACGAUUCUAACUGUCGAUAUGUCAAAGCUCUGCUACCGUUAUGUGCCUUCUGCUGUGCAAUGUGCACUGAGCGUCCAAAGAACAGGUAGUUGUGGGGCAAAACAAUGUUGCAAAAAAGGACAGAGAAAAGAAAGAGGAAGAAUAGAAAAAACCACAGAGAUAAAGGUUUAUUUACAUGUCCUGGGAUGUUAAUCAAAGAGGUUUGUGAAAGUGUGUGAAAGAUCAACAAUCAAUAUUAUUGGCAGAAAUAGAGGGCCCCAAAAUCAAAAUUUGCUUUAUUCAAGUUUCAAUAGUUAAUACUAUUAUAGAUCAAAUUUUAUUUACCCCAUAAUAUUAUCAAAACUUUCUUGACUUUAUUUAGUCUAUGGGCUCAAAUGUCUUGUGGUCUGGGUUCAAAAGUGUGGCCUCCAGGAUUCAAGAAAUCAUCUGUGCAUGUGAUGGAGGAAUGUACUUGCAUUAAAUCUGUUUGUUUUAGCCAAUAUUAUGCUACAAUAUAUUUUGCCCAUCUAUAUUUAAGUUCCCUGUCGAGGGCCAACCUUCAAUUUUGUAAAUUCAAGAUUUAUUCCCACCAGUUCCCAUGGAAAGUUUCCAACUUUGCAACCCUAGUUGAUAAAUAUACUCACUUCCUCAAAUGUAAAAACUGUCUUCUGCACUUUAACCUCCAGGUAUUGCAAUCAAAGAGUCCGCCAAGGUGGGAGAUCAGGCCCAGCGCAGGAUGAUGAGAGGUGUCGACGACCUGGACUUCUACAUUGGGGAUGAAGCCAUCGACAAACCCUCAUAUUCAACAAAGGUCUGUGAUGAAUUCAGGACCCUCUUCAUGAAGCUGAAGACCGAGUUUGACCCACUCCCUCUCUCUCUCUUUGUCUUCUAGUGGCCGAUCCGCCAUGGGAUUGUGGAGGACUGGGACCUGAUGGAGAGAUUCAUGGAGCAGAUUAUCUUCAAGUAUCUGCGGGCAGAACCUGAAGACCACUACUUUCUCUUGGUGAGACCGGAGCGUUUAAGUCUAAUAUGUGGACACUCAAAUAUAUCAUCAAAGAUAAUCCUGUAAAUGUGUCUCGUUUCGUCUCAUCUUUGUGUUUGUUUUCUCUCUCCACAGACAGAGCCUCCUCUCAACACACCAGAAAACAGAGAGUACACGGCAGAGAUCAUGUUUGAGUCCUUCAACGUGCCGGGUCUCUACAUCGCUGUGCAGGUACGAGCCUGAAACAUCCCACCAGCUUCAAGUGACAUUUAGAGAACCUCUAAAACCAGACGACAACCCGGUGUUUAAAUUUAGCUCAGACUUUUACUCCCAGGAUAUGAAGACAUUCACAGUUUCUAUGAGGAAAUGCGAGUUUUCACUUCUUCUUUUGACAUUUUCCACUCGAUGUGAGUCACUAUUCUUAAAAUCUAGACUAUCACCACAGAGUGAGGGGCUCAUUCUGUGCCUCAGAGCUGUUUUUGAACUCUUAAUCGUCUCUAUCAGGCUGUCCUGGCACUCGCUGCCUCCUGGACGUCCCGGCAGGUAGGAGAGCGAACCCUGACGGGCACCGUGAUCGACAGCGGAGAUGGAGUCACGCACGUCAUCCCUGUGGUAGGCAUCUCUUCUUCAAGAUCAUCUCCUUUCAAGUUUGUCCUCUUCUUUACGAACUCUUUUCUUUUUUGAUUUCCAGGCUGAAGGUUACGUCAUCGGCAGCUGCAUCAAGCACAUCCCGAUCGCCGGCAGAGACAUCACGUACUUCACCCAGCAGCUGCUGAGGGAGAGGGAGGUGGGGAUUCCUCCGGAGCAGUCGCUGGAGACGGCUAAAGCGGUCAAGGUGGGUAAAAAUCUCCCCCAGAGUUUAAAGCCCCUGAUGUGCAUUUCUCAGUUUGGCCACAAGAGGUCAGUGCAGCUAAAGAACUGAAUCACCAAGAAGAUCAUUUUGCAUUUAAAGCUGGAAGAUUAAACUUGUAUUGGACCGUUGUUGUUUCAGGAGCGCUUCAGCUACGUUUGCCCUGACCUGGUGAAGGAGUUCAACAAGUACGACACGGACGGCUCCAAGUGGAUCAAACAGUACACGGGAAUCAACGCCAUCACCAAGAAGGAGUUCACCAUCGACGUGGGCUAUGAGCGCUUCCUGGGGCCUGAGAUCUUCUUCCACCCCGAGGUUCAGAGACAUAAUACGUCACGUUAAGAUUUUAGCUCCUCAGGAUCAGUGAGUUUUUCCUGCUUUUCUAACUAAACUAAACUCUCUCCUCCCAGUUCGCCAACCCGGACUUCACCCAGCCGAUCUCAGAGGUGGUGGACGAGGUCAUCCAGAACUGCCCCAUUGACGUCAGGCGUCCGCUGUACAAGGUAUCCACACACACAAACACACAAACACCUCCUCAGCCGCUUCACUUACUUUGUAUCUUUGUCUUCAUAUUUUACUUCAUCCUGUCCUCGCAGAACAUCGUUCUCUCCGGCGGCUCCACCAUGUUCAGGGACUUCGGCAGACGCCUACAGAGGGACCUGAAGAGGACUGUGGACGCCCGGCUGAAGAUGAGCGAAGAGCUGAGCGGCGGGAAAUUAAAGGUGAGGAACCGUGUGGACUUUUUUUACUCUCUGUUUGGGCUACAGCUGAUAGAUGCGCAUGAAACACCCAAACAGAUAUAGCGCCAUGAAGAUGAAAGUUACUCACUCUCUCUCCGUUUCCUGUUAAAGCCCAAACCCAUCGACGUUCAGGUCAUCACUCACCACAUGCAGAGGUACGCCGUCUGGUUCGGAGGAUCAAUGCUGGCAUCUACAGUGAGUAUCAGAGCAGUCAAGUCAGCUGACUCAUACAGCCCGUCUACGACUGUCCGUAUAAGCUUGUAAAGACGAUUCCAACAAAAACAAACUAAAAAAGUCACAUUUUAGAAUUUUUACCCCACAUUUUUUUCUUAUUUCUCAUUUUCUUCGUGUUUCAGCCUGAGUUCUACCAAGUGUGCCACACCAAGAAAGACUAUGAGGAGAUCGGCCCGAGUAUCUGCCGCCACAACCCCGUCUUCGGAGUCAUGUCUUAGGGCCGACGGAGGAGGAGGAGGAGGAGGGGGCGCUACGAGACCUCACAUGCUGUGGAAGUCCCAUGAGCCUUUGCACGGAUGCUCCUGACGCACUUGUCAUUCUGAAUCGAGGGGACAGUGGACCAAAACAAACUGCCGAUAAAAAGAGCGGCAAAACGUCCCGGAGGGAACAAACAGAACUGAGCUCGAAGGGUCCUCAGAUACAAAGUUUACUGCGAGUAGGUUCAUAAUAGGUGAUCAAUCUUUCAUUUCUGCGUGCCUCGUAUAUGUUCUUCUAAUAUCCUCACAGGGUUGUUUCAUGUUUCAUUAAUCAACAGGAGUCCUGUAUAAACUUCUCUGCACUUCUCUGUGUAUAUAGGUGGGGGUUUUCGCGGUAUAUUAUGUUCUCUAAAAAUAAUAACGGUUGUUUCAAGAUGCGGGAAGGUCUUAGCUUCAUUAUUUUCCACAAAAACGUUGAGUAAAAGGAUUUUUUUUCAAGCAUUAAAGGAGAAAAAAAAAAAAGAAAAUCAUCCACGAGACAUUCAGACCAUUCCUUCUUUUCUUAUUUCGCUGGAAGAAAUAAUUAUUUGAACAUUUCAAAUAAAUACUCAGAUGUUUGUUCAAAUAAAUAUUUCCCAGGUUUUUUCUUUCACUUUUUUAUUUGUAUUAAUCAUCUCUGGAACAACAAAAAAAAAAAAUUGUAUUAAUAUAUGAAGAUGCAGUUUGAACGACUGUUGUUGGACCAUCACUGUUGCCUAGAUCUCAGUUUUACUGGAUAGCCUUGUACUGUACCAAAUCUGGAUCUCAAUGCCGGCAUUCCAAAUAAAUGCCAAGGAGGUAUUUUCUUUCUA